UUUGCAAUGAACCUCAGAGACAGCCUCCUCGACGCCCUCCGCACGCUCCCCGGGACGCGUCACUUCCACCUUCACGUCCUCGUUACCGCUCCCAAAAAGAACUCGAGUUUAUACCCGUUCGCGCACCCACGUCCACGAAUUUACGCACAAGAUAUCCUUGUUCUGCUCUCUGAACAAUCCCCAACGCUCGACUCGCCUCGCAUCCUUGUUUCUGCAAUCGAAGCUGCUUUAUAUCACGUACCAAACACUAAUGCUGCGAUAUUGUAUAUCUCGAAGGUGGACGGGACGGGCCAAGGAUUAGCGCCGUCGCCGACUGCGACGCUCGUGAACGCGUUCGUAAGGUGGUAUGCGGAUCCAGAGACAAGACCUAUAACCGCGAAACAUCUGUGGGUCCACCUUUUUGCGCGUGCGCAGGGACAGUAUUUGUUCCCAAACUCGGCGGAUUAUGAGGGGAAGAAACCUUUGAAUGAUGUGAGACUGUGCGCGUGGUGGAGACGCGUUCUUGGGAAGGUGGCGAGUGAGGUGCAGGAGAAGAUGCAUGAGAGGGAGAAGGAGGAAGAGGGCGCGAGUGCGGAGGAAGGAAAAGGGAUUGUGCGGUUGUACUACGUCCUGUCCGGAUAUAACGAGCUCGAAGCAUAUCAAUCGCUCGGUGCGGUUUCUUCUUCCUUCCCUACUUCUUCAUCUGGCAAGUCUUCGUCUGCUUCGACAUCUGUUCCCUGGACAUACGGACAUCACUACGACCAGCACGAAAUCCCACUACCAUGUCCUCCACCCCCCGAAGGCCUUCACAACCUCGGACAUUACAUCCCCUCCUUCGAAGACGACCCAAAGAACAGAUUCAUGGACGAAAUAUCAGUCAUCGGGGACGCAGACACUGUCAAGUCUCCGGUUCGCAAGCGACCACGCCUUCUAUCCGUGAGUGAGGAGAGGGAGAAGGAAAAGCAGCAUGAGAAGGACCUCGAGAAGGAGAAGGAGAAAGAGAAAGACAAGAGCCCGCCAGGGGAGCUCAAAACCGUUACACCCGCAGAGUUCUGGGAACGUAUGUCUUUCAGACAGGAAUGUAUUGCUGGAGCCGUUACUGGUUUCUUCGUCGCUGGCUUUUCUGCUCCAUCGCCUCAUCCACCACCUUCUACCACCUCUCAUUCGUCUUCCUCCAAGCCUGUAUCUUCGGUUUCGAAACCCUCGCCACUCGCGCCACAACCUGGUCAAGUCCCCGUCGCAAUGAACAAACGCAUCCUCACGAGCCUCAUGACAGGGAACGAAUUCUCUACAGUCGAGGCAGCCAGGAAAGCGACAGAAGUAAUCGAAGGCGCCAUCCGUGGUCUCUGCGAGAACCUAUCCUCACUCCUACCACCUCCUUCCUCAUCCUCUGGCCGUCCGCCUUCAUCUCGAUCCGGAAAACCACCAUCGUCCGCGCGGACUCAGGCUCCUCCAUCUACUUCGUCCAAGGAAACUCGAUCUUUGACAUCUGAGGCUAACGCGGAGGUGAAAGAGAAGGAGAAGGAGAAGGAGAAGCCGACGUUGCUCGAAGUCCCGCGUACACCACCGCGCAAGAACUCCAGCCUACCCUCCGUGGACGAUAUCUCUCCCAACCCGUUCGAUGAGCCAGAGACCACGCUCGAGACUUAUCACGCGCAUAUCUAUGGGACUGUCUACGUCGAUAAUCCGCCGCUGGUCAAAAAGACGGCGCGUAGUGGGCAAGAGUCGGGGAGUGUUGGUGGAGAGACAGGAGAAGAGAAGCCGAAGGUGAACGUGCUUGCGGUGAGGAAGAAGAAGAAGAAGGUGGAGGCGGCGUGAGCAGGGAAGUGUGGGUAGUGUUGAAAGGUGUACGAAGGCUAGGUUGGCCUGGGGCUUGGGCUUCGGAAUAGGAUCGUCAUUUCUUGGUUGUGAAUUGUUCUGUUGUCUUUUUGGUCGUUCUUCGGGUUGUAAUGAGCGUGUUUCGGUUCUUCGGCGUCAGUUGCGACAAGAUGUCCACACAUAACGUUCUGUAUGGUAUUUCCCUCUAUGUACCUUUGAUUUUCUUGAUCAUCGACCACUGUGAGCACGAACUGUGUUGUCAGCGCUAGGCUCAGCCAGAAUUAUAUUAUGGUGCGCCACCUGCGAUGAUCCAGGUGCCAC